GCAGUAGGUGAGAAUAGUGAAGAAAGUAAUUAUAGUAAUAGUGAGAAUGAAAAUGUAGGUGACGAUGAGGAAAGUGAGGGCGAAUGGAGUGGUGAUGAUAGAGGCCAUAAAAGAUCAGCUCGUGAUGCUGAAGAGAAGCAGAGAAAGCGAAAGA